CCUCGUUACCCCUCACAAUCAGCACAUCAUACCAUUACUGAAAAAAACAUGGCUGAGUUGGCCAAUGCAGAAUAUACACUCUACUCCUCCCCCUUCUCCCUUUAUUCUAUGAUGGCCCGCCACACCAUCCAACUCGGUCCUACAACGCAAGGCGCGAGGCCACCCAAGAAGAUCACCCUCAGCUUCGUCAACCACAAAAAGAAUGAGAACCUCAGGGAGGAAUAUCUCAAGGUGAACCCCAAGGGCCAGGUUCCCACCAUGACCAGCAACGUCCUCGAGCAGCCGCUCACCGACAGUAUCUCCAUUUCGCUUUAUCUGGCCGAGAAGCACUACCCGGCCAUGCUGCCAGCGGAGCACGCCGCCGUCAUCAAGGACCUCCUCCAGAGGUUUCAUGCCAUUCCUGGCCUAUCGUUCAGCAACAAGAACCCCACAGCAGAGAUGACGCAGCAUAACCGUUCACCCGUGGAGGAUAUUCUGAAGAGGACUGAUCUCAGCCCGGAAUACCGCAAGGCUCUCGAGGUCAAGCUUGAAUUCCAUAACAAGGGCAACGGCGUAGUGUUCCAGCCAGCCAUCAAGGCCAAACACCUCGCAGACCUACAGGCCAUUUUUGCAGAGAUCGCAGAACACCGCAGGCAGAGUGGUGCUUCCGGAACUGAGGGCGAAUGGACGUUUGGCGCCCAGGUGGGGCCGACGGUGCUCGAUAGCCAUCUCCUCCCACUCGUGCUGCGCUGCGUUGAAGCUGGCAAUGCCGAACUCGUGCCCCCGGAGCUGCAGCGGUGGGCCGAGGUGAAGGCCAAGAGCCCCGUGUGGCAGAAGGUCAUGCACGGCAGGCCGACGACGUGGGCUCCUUCGAUGGGCCCGGUUGAGGAUAUGCAGGAUAUGAUGUCCCUGUGAGACGAGCUCAUUGUUUAGCAUUAGUUUUAUCCCUUUCUGAGAGCAGAUCCAGCUCAAAUGUUUGGGUGUUUUUGAGAUUCCCUGUUGUUCAGCAUAGCCUGAUCAACUGGUUGACUGAAACGUAAUCAUAAUAUCAAAACAUGUGCUUUGUUUUGGCGCAAAUCUUGAAGUUCAAGCCAUGUCCACGGCGAUGUGGGUGCUUUUAGGGAGGGGAAAAAAAAAAAGACCGACUCUGUGAGGCUGUAGUGAAUGAUGGGGAAACGCAGUAC